GCCUCGAUAAACGACAUUGGGUUAGUGUUGCGCAUCGAAGCGAUCCAACCUGAUCCCUCCCCAUCAAUCAUAGUCGUACCGUGCUGCGCGGUGUUCAUCCUUAUGUCCGGGCAAUGUCAAGGUCCAAAAAUGACUCGUACGCAAUUUUCUUCCAAGCAUGAUUCCGCACGGAAACGCAGGUGGCAUCGAAAGUCACGUGCUGGCUGUAGGAAUUGCAGACUUCGCAGAGUGAAGUGCGACGAGACCCAGCCAGCUUGCCAAAAUUGUGUUCGUCUGCUGGUGAUAUGUAACUAUGAUUCGACUUCAGCUACUCAACCUACUCUCUUAGGCGAGGAUGUUUUGGAUUUCUCGAUGUCUGAAACGAACCUGGCCAAUGAUGCGGUUGUUACAGUACUCAAUAGGAUGGUAGAUCCCCAGUACCCACAGACAUUGGACUCGAGAUGUUUUCGCACAUUAGAUAAAUGGGACGUUGAUAGGCUUACGAGGUGGCACACACGAACCGUUUUCACCUUGGGAACCCAAGGCAUAUCACUCUGCUAUCAGCGGCUAGUGAGUAAAGAGGCAUUGCAGUAUCCCUAUUUACUUCAUGCUAUCUUAGCAAUGACUGCCAUGCAUGAUCGAUAUUUGCAGGCAUCAGAUGGUCGCAACACAGAUAGCAUUACGAAAGCACAGUAUUACCAUCAUAGCUGUGCUGCAGAGCUAUUCAAUAAGAGAUUAUCUGUAUUAAGUGGAAGACCAGUGGAUCGCAAUGCUAUAUGGACAACGGGAUCUAUACUGAGCAACAUGUCCGCUUUCAUCAUGACGACAGAUGACCCCGAAGAGUCGUGGCCACUCUCACCGACUUCUGACUCAACCCUUAACUGGUUAGAGUUGUGUCAGGGCCUUCACACGCUAUAUACCCUUGCCCUGCCCCUCGACCGCGGCAAUUUGUUCUUUGAGCUCUUACGAGACCCAGAGCAUAGUGUCUUGAAAAAUAAAUGGGAGCAAGAUGACCGGGAAGGGAUUGAUGGGAUUCCAUUCUCAUUGAUAGCCCUCUAUGAGCUCAACCCCUGUUCAAAUGCUAGAAACAAUCCUUAUCAUGCCGCGGUGCGUUCGUUCCUUCAGAUAUGGGAAAUGGAACGCACUCCACACACUGCAUUCCGCUUCCUUUCGUUUAUAUCCCUGUUGCGCCCGGAAAUGAAAAGCCUGCUGGUGCAGAAAGACUCCCGGGCCUUACUCUUACUCGCAUAUUGGUACACGAAGAUGUUCCAGGUGCACUGGUGGCUUCAUAAGCGGGCUGUCCUCCAGUGCACUGCUAUAUGCAUUUAUCUGCAGAGGCAUCAUUCUUCAGACGCCCUUCUUAUGGAUAUGCUUCAAUACCCGCUGUCAAAACUGGCAGGGCUUCAAAAGGGGGCACAAACGAUACUCUAGUUGCAUAUAAACCAAAAAGAGCAUUGAUGCCUCAGGCUCCCGCAAUCAAGCUUAAAUCGAUAGCAAUGGCGAUCGCUGGCUAGGGCUUGGCGCCUGAAUUUGUGCGAGAAGCUCUUUCCCUUCCCCUUCCCCUUCCUUUUUUAAAAAUGAAAUAGAAAUGAAAAAUAAAAUAGAAAGCAAAAUCAUAAGCAUCCCACCAU